ACGCGAUGACUGACGAGGCAGCCCGCCAGCCAGUUCGCUGAUGACUCGACCGCCUACACCAUCCUAGGACCGAGCCAGGGCUCAAUCUUUUCCAUCCUUAAGCCUAUAAGUAACUGAUAUUCAACUAGCUACCCCAUUGUCGUCCGAUCCUCAACUUUAACCCCAGCAACGUGAACACAGUCAAAUUGUCCAUCAAAACCCGCCGGCGAUCACCCCCUGAGCAACGACUGAGGAACCAAACCAGAGCACCCCCACCACCAGCAGCUCAACCAAGCCGCAAACCAAAAACCAGACAAUGUGCACAACCUACGCAGACUACUGGCGCUGCGGCCACAUCCGCCGCCAUCGCCUCGUCAUCUGCAGCCGCACCCACGCGCAUUACCUGCGGCGCGAGCUCGGCAAGACCUAUGCCAUCGACUGCAGUGCCUGCCACUGGCGGGAUCUGAACAUGAGCGAGGUCGAUUACCUGGCGGAGCGUGACUCGGACUACUCCUAUUGUGGUCGGGUGCGUUAUCGGGUGCUUUAGUCCAGACUCCAGACUAGAUGGUUGGGUUGGCGUUUAGUGUUAUACGUGUGUUAUUGUGUCAUCAAUGGUUACUGGUACUAAAGGCUUGGGUCGAAAGGCUUUGUUUGGGUUGGGCUUAUUAGAUUAGUAUCUGCUUGUCAUUUACUUGGUUUGUAUGCGUUUGUAUAUCGGUUCGGCAUGAAUGGUAUACUAGCACUACUGGCAGACCAGACAUACGUGAUCUCUUCACUGUUUCAUGAGCAAGUCUCCGUAGCAGCAUGUACAUCUAACGCAGUUAAUUCCAGACGAGUGAUAAAACUGUUCAAAGUUGCAGCAUGCUGGUUCACC